AUGUCUCUGUCCCUCCUGGAAUCGUGCAAGCCGCGGCGCUGGACCACCCGCCAUCUCGCUUUUGCGACCGUCGUCGUGCUUGCGCUCAUCACGCUCUACUAUACCGCACUCCCACAGGCUCCCCCAGAGCACUGGAGCACCGAGCCUUCGUUUGAACAAAUCCCCACUCCGCCUGAAGUCUGGCAGCGGCGAACGGAACAGGUCAAGCAGGCAUUUCGACACGCGUACGCAGGGUAUGAGAGGCAUGCAAUGCCUCACGACGAGCUACUGCCUCUGACGAACUCCUCCAAAAACAACUUCAAUGGCUGGGCAGUGACUGUGUUCGAUUCCCUUGAUACGAUGAUUCUCAUGGGUUUGAAUGAUGAGUUCGCCCGUGCGUUACCGGUUGUUGCGGCAGCCGACUUCAUGCCCAACCCACACGUCACUAGUAAGCUCAAGAACUACGCUCCUUUUUUCGAAACAGUCAUUCGCUACCUGGGGGGCUUGCUUGCUGCUUACGCACUUUCCCAUGAACCGAUAUUACUCCAACGUGCCGAUGAUUUGGGGCGCUUGCUGUCCCCUGCGUUUAACACGACGAGUGGUUUUCCCAUGUUUGGAGUUAACACCGCAAACGGUACCGUCACCGGAGGCUCUACUGGCAUACUGGCAGAAAUCGCUAGCUGUCAGCUUGAAUAUUCCUAUUUGGCAUUGAUGACUGGCAACAAAGACCACUUUGACAAGGCAGAUACCAUUAUGAAGAGUCUCGCUCGAGCGAAUGUGACUGCACUGGGUGGUAUGCUCCCCCGACGCUGGAAUUUACAGACAGCGAAGCCUGCCGAUGAUGCCCUGUCGGUCGGAGCCGCGGCAGAUAGUGCUCACGAGUAUCUGCUCAAGCAGUAUUUGCUGACCGCCAAAACGGACAGGACCAGCUAUCAGAUGUAUCUGCGUGCGACCAAUGAGAUACUCACCCGCUUACUUUAUGUUUCCGAGAAUCGGGAUCUCCUCUACGUCACUGAUACAACUCGCGCCAACUUCAUACCCAGCCACAGAUUCGAGCAUUUGUCAUGCUUCCUCCCAGGGCUGCUUGCGCUAGGUGCCGACCAGCUGGAUAUCUCUAUGAAUCACCUGGACCUUGGUGGGCUUGGACCAGAAGGAAGGCGUGCAUAUGAACUCUUGAAAGACUAUGACCUACGUACGCUGCACAAGUGGGUCGCGGAGGGACUCGCCACGACCUGCUAUCUCAUGUACGCAGACCAGCCUACUGGUCUCGGACCGGACGAGGUACGCAUGCUACCCAAGCAGGACUCCUCGCGGUCGUUCCAAGGCCAGAGAGCAAAGAGCAUGGUACCCACAGGGCGGCUGUGGGUUAACGAGAUGAGGAAAUGGCGGGAUGGCGGAGAGCACGGAUGGCCUCCAGGCCUGGGUGAUAAGAAGCCAGUCAGGUACACGCUGGAGGAGAUGCAGAACUCCAAGACGCGUGGCGCCAAGAACCAAGUACGGGACUACACUCUUGGGCGAACGGAUUAUCUGCUGAGGCCAGAGACCCUGGAGUCGAUCUAUAUCAUGUGGCGCACAACGGGCGAUCCCAUCUGGCGCGAGCGCGGGUGGGCGAUAUUCGAGGCCCUUGAGAGGGAAACCAAGACCGACUCGGGAUAUGCAUCGGUCCAUAAUGUGCUGAUAUCGCCGGCACCGUUGGACGAUGAUAUGCCUAGGUGA